GUGAUACAAGCUUUGCCAUGUCGUGCUCGGACGAUCUCAUUCUGCAUGAGCAAUGAUGCACCAUACUUUCUGAAGCUCUCUUUGCGCGCCCGAGCUUUGCCAGUAAAGAAACUGGUCCAAUUUUCCGCCACGAGCUACGCCUGCUACUUGCUGUGUUUCUUGCUUGUGUACCACACGAAUGCUCUUACUCGCAACACCGCCACAAUGGUUGGUAAGACCUCUGAUGUGGGCAGUGCUGAGCAGCAGGAAAGGCAUCUGAACAGCGAGAAUCAUGACGAUGAUGGCGUGUUUGGGAAGUUGAGGACGAAGUUGAAGGAUACCAAGUUGCAUGAUGUCAAGAUUGGCGCUGUGCAUCUCAAGCAUCGAAUCGGCAAGUUCCAAAACCUGGUUAAUACGAACCAUCGACACGACGAGGAACACGAACAGAGAACAGAUGCGAAACGAACGAGGAUCGCGGAACAGCAUAGAUUCCAAAGCUUUGCGCCGGAGCGGGAUGGAAACCUGAUCAAAUGGUACAUCGAUGGAAGAGACUACUUUCAUGCUGUUUCUGUCGCAUUGGAACGCGCGAAGGAGACGAUUUAUAUCGCAGACUGGUGGCUGAGCCCGGAGCUCUUUUUACGACGACCACCUUACCACCACCAACAAUGGCGACUCGAUGCUGUUCUCAAGCGUGCGGCAGAGCGUGGCGUGAAGAUCUACAUCAUUGUCUACAAAGAGGUCGAGCAUGCUUUGACGUGCAACUCUCAGCACACUAAAAAGGCACUGGCUUCGCUCUGUCCUGAAGGAAGCCCAGGCUAUGGCAAUAUCAAUGUCAUGCGCCAUCCGGACCACAAUGUGCUGGAAAAUGCUUCGGAUAUGACAUUCUACUGGGCACAUCACGAAAAGUUCAUCGUCAUCGACUACGACCUCGCCUUCAUUGGAGGUCUCGAUCUCUGCUUUGGUCGCUGGGAUAACAGACAACACGUCCUUGCCGAUGCUCACCCAGCAGGUGUGCAAAACGAGCUGUUCCCGGGCCAGGACUUCAACAACAACAGAAUCAUGGACUUCCAGUCUGUGCAAGAUUGGAAGAGCAAUGAAGUGUCAAAGGCAGAAUAUGGACGCAUGCCGUGGCACGAUGUCGCAAUGGGCCUCAUUGGACCUUGUAUUUACGAUAUCGCGGAACACUUCGUGCUGAGGUGGAAUUUCUGCAAACGUGACAAGUAUAAGCGCGAUGAUCGAUAUGACUGGCUUACAUUGACUGGCCGAACUGGUGAAGACGAAGAUCUUAUCGGUGUCCAGAGGCCUAAGCACCCGGUGGGCGACUAUCUCCACCAUCCACUUUCACCAUUGCACACGAAGCGGGGGAACCCCAGGCAGGGCAGAACGGUACAGCAUCGAGACACGGAAGGAGGUGCGGCACAAGAGCUGGAACCUAUCAACGAUGGAUCUGAGCAGUUCCUUGACGAGGCUGAAGACGUGGACGAGCAUGGCUAUACGCGACACCAGCAUAGACAUGGGCACGGAUUGCAGAAAGAGCUGAAGCAGCGCGGAAUCCAUGGGCCAGGACAUGACAAACAGAGACUUGUGGAUGACCACUUGAAACCACAAGCGCAGGAGAAUGCUCAUGUCACCGGAAACGAUCCCAAAAACGAAGGCACUGUCUCGGCCUCGGGUGGUAUCGAGGAGAAGAGCAAGGGCUACGAAUCGAAUAAGGUCGAUGAUGGCAUAAUUGUCUCUCAAGGCACGGUUCACGCGCAACUAGUGCGCUCCUCUGCAGACUGGUCUUCUGGUAUUCUGGCCGAGCAAAGCAUUCAAACAGCGUAUUGCCAGGUCAUUAGAGCCGCGAAGCACUUCGUCUACAUCGAGAACCAAUUCUUCAUAACGGCUACGGGAGACAAGCAAUCACCAGUCCAUAACCUCAUCGGAGCCGCCAUCGUGGAUGCAGUCCUCGCUGCAGCGAAAGAGAAUCGCAAGUUCAGAGUCAUCAUCAUGAUGCCUGCAAUCCCAGGCUUCGCGGGAGACCUGCGGGACAGUGCAGCCGCCGGGACACGCGCGAUCAUGGAUUACCAAUAUAAGUCCAUCUGCAGAGGCGACGAGAGUAUAUUUGGCAAGAUUAAAGCGGCCGGUGUGGAUCCGACACAAUACGUAUUCUGCUUCAAUCUGCGUUCGUACGAUCGUCUUAACAAGACUCCCGAAUUGAAGAAGCAAGAGGAGCAGAGUGGUGUCACGUAUCAGGAAGUCCAGCGUGCUGAAGCUGAGGAGGUCAUGGGAGAUGCUGUGCAUGCUAGUGAGGAAGUUGAGGGUGGUGGCAAAGCUGGAGUGCGAGAAACUGCAAAGGAGGGCAAGUUCAAAGGUCUUUUCAACAAGGCUCGCAGAACUAGCGUCGACAUUGAUGAGGAGGACAAAGUCCAUCCUGAAGACGAUAAUGAGAAUGCAGGGGUGCUUGCUGAGAAGAGGAGAAAGUUUGAGGAGAAUGCUCAUCCUAAUGCUGAGGGCCAUGCCAAGAGUGCUGACACUAUCGCUAAGGAUGCGAUGUUGGGUGAGAAGAAGCCAAGUGAAGAAGGGUAUCCAGGCCGCAAGGACGAUGGUACGAAGGAUGGAGAUGAUGAAGAGAGCGAGGAUGCGAGACAACAAGAGUUGGAGAACUUCGUUCAAGAGGAGCUCUACAUUCACGGAAAGGUCCUCAUCGUUGACGACAGAGUCGUGUUGUGCGGAUCCUCCAACAUCAACGACCGAAGUCAGCUGGGCUUCCAUGAUUCUGAGCUUACCAUCGUAAUGGAAGACACACGACCAUUGCCAUCCAAAAUGGACGGCCAAGAGUAUCACGCAGGGCAUCACGCCGCGACACUGCGUCGCAUGCUCUGGCGAGAACAUCUCGGUCUUCUCCGUGCUCAAGACCUGGACGCCGAGAACGACCCAAACGCCCAGCCACCCGGAGACGCAGAGAACGACUGGUGCCAAGGAGAUGAAUGGGAUCAAUUCGUCGAAGAUCCUCUAUCAGACGAGCUCUGGGCAAUGUGGACGAAACGCGCCACGACCAAUACCAAGAUUUUCAGACACUUAUUCCACGCGGAUCCAGAUGACAACGUCAAGAAUUUUGAGGAUUAUGACAGAUUCUUAGGAGCCAAGGGCUCAAGGAAGGCAGGCCAUAUCUACGAUCAAUUCCAGCCCGUUGAAGUCGCGAGACAGGAACUGGACAAAAUCAAGGGGCAUAUUGUGUGGAUGCCAUUGAGAUUCUUGGAGGAAGCUGAAUUGGCGGAGCGUGGGUUGCAGGUCAACUCUAUGACUGAGAGUAUUUAUACUUAGUUCUUCGUUGGGUGUACAGUAUCGGCAUUUCGCAUGGAGCUUGGGAGGCUUUCUCGAGGCGUUUUGGUCAUAUUCUGCACGCGAUGCGCGCAUGUAGUAGAUACAAGCAUUCGAAU